AUGCGUCUCUCAGCGGCAAUUGCAUUCGCAGCUGCUGUGACCUCUGUCACGGCAGGUGCAGUAUACAAAAAGGCCGAGGCCCCUGUUCCCCAAAGCUACGGUCAUGACAAGACAGUGAUCUUCCAGGUCAAGAACAACAAGGUGGUCAAGGGUGGCAAUGUCCAUAUGCAAGGCACGCAUGACAUUCCUUAUGCCGCACUCGGUCUCUCGGAGGACCUGCCACAACCUCCGGAGAAGCCAGGUCUCUUGGGAACCUGCUGCAAGCCCACCGCGCAGUGCCAUGCGUAUGUGAACUGGUUGACCGACAUGAACAACAACGAGGAAUGGAGGUCGCAGGUGGAUAUGACCGAAGCCAACGCUUAUGUCGACUGCUGCAUGCGGCAGUACGCCGCCAGUUGCGACAAGCCUAUGACUGGCCACGAGAUCAUCUGGAAAGACCCAGCUGAAGGCUGCAGUCCUUCCGCUGAUGCCGCUCUGGCAGCCAGCCUCGCUGGAGUGUUGCACUAG